ACUUCAGUCGGGUUCAGUCAUUCGCAGGGGACGAACGAGCUAAAACCACUUCUUUGUGUGGUCUGGUAUUAGCGUUGCUUCGUUUCGUAGUUCGUUCAUACUAGUUUAGCAUAAAAAUACAUUACGAAAUCUUGCCCAACUUCAAGCAAUAAUAGAAUAUUUUUUAGAAGAAAUACAAAAAAGAACCAAUUCUUUAAUUGUAACAAAAUUUCGAGUAGUUUCGUUCAUCGACUUCCUGUUACGACAAGAACUAAUCUUAUGAAUGGUUUUUAAGCUAAACGUGAUUCGAUUAAGAAAAAAAGUGAAAGAUUUUUGCACGCCAAUUUUGAAGGAAUAAUAAUUAAUAAGGAAGCUAAAACCACUCUCCAGCUUUGCUGAACAUUUUCACCCCACUUCUCGUCACUCUGACAGAAGAAUGACGCCCACCCACGCGGUUGCCAUCCUCCUCGUCGCCAUCGGCUUGUCGUCACACUAUGUGGCCGGCUACCAAGGGGGAGCUCCAGCCUCGGGGGACAUUUGUGAAUCGAUGAUCCCCGGUCACAAAGCGCGUCCACAGGACCCUGCCACCAAUCCGUACACCGUCACGGUGUCAAACCUCCGGCCAAAAGGGGGCGAAACUGUGCUCAUCACGUUGAACGCACCAGCGUCACAGCCUCCUUUUAAAGGGUUUUUGGUCAUGGUGAAGAAAGCGGGGGACAAGACGACCAACCUUGGCAGAUUUAAUGCAACCUACGCCCCCGCUGUAUCGCAGGCGAUUAGCUGCUUCGGAAAUUCCAGGAGUGCCAUGACCCACGUGAGCGGUAGCGAAAAGAAUUCCGUCACCGUGGCCUGGAUUGCUCCUAAUGAGAAUUUGGACGGUCUCGAAAUUACCUCCACUUUUGUCAAGACGGGGUCAGAAUAUUGGACACAUAUCAGCCACCCAGAAAAGUUGACCGUCGUAAAAGAUAACGACUUGACGACUCAGUCACCCAUCGAGGGCGGAAUUUCUGACGAACUUCGUAGAAGGUUACAAACAGUGUACAAGGCUUGCGGAGAGUCCACGGGAUGUUUCGGAUUUCCGGAUAAUUGCGUCGCCCGCUUCUUGGCCACUCAGUCGGAAGCAAAUCCAAAAACUUGCACGAUUUUGACCAGCUUUGCAGCGGUUGGGGAAAGAAAUGUGUACACUUUGGUGGGACGUCCUUCCACUGACGACAGCACGACGGGCUACAUUGCUCUGGGAAUGUCGGAUGAUGUCAAGAUGGGUCAAGAUUCCGUCGUUGGAUGUUUUAUCAACAGUGGUACUCCAGCAAUUCACAGAUUUUACAAUCCUGGCAAGAGCAACACGAAAGCGGAGUCUCCAAGUUUGGGAUUAGUUUCGAAAUCUGCCUCGCUCGAUGAUGGCUACCUUUUCUGCGAGUUUGAGCAAACCGAUCACGAUGUUCCCGGACUGGGUGUGAAACUUCGGGACUCAAAGUACCACUAUCUUUUAGCCCGAGGAACUUCCGCUUCUCCAAACGGGCUAACGCCACACGGAGCGAUCGGGGCUGACGCUUCUCCAUCCAGCGAUGCGAUCCAUAUCACAGAUUUAAUCAUUUUUGGAGGUGAGAACAAUAAACGUAUCUUGAUCCAACUUCACGGAUCCAUCAUGAUUGUGGCCUGGCUUCUCUGCGCUUCAACGGGCAUGUUCACCGCACGUUAUUACAAACUGACGCAUACCGACGUUAUGCCGUUUAAGAAGGCGUUCUGGUUUGUGCUCCAUCUCUUCUGCAUGUUCUCCACCGCAAUUCUCACGGUCGUGGGGGCAAUUCUCAUCAUCGUUUACAAGAAGGAAUACUCGUUCAAGUCGUCGGACAAGGUUCACUGGCACCCAAUCUUGGGCACGGUGCUCUUUGGCCUUGCAUUUUUCCAGGUUUGCAUCGCCUUCAUGCGUCCCCACCCUGGCACGAAGAUGAGACCCAUUUUCAACUGGGUGCAUUGGACGAUUGGAAAUUCUGCGCAUAUUGUUGGCAUUGCCUGUAUCUUUUUGGCCAAUGGUUUACAACCUGCGAAUCUCGAGAAGGAUGAGUACAUGUUUAUCAUGAUGGGAGCAGUUUUGUUCCACAUUGUGAUGCAUCUCAUCAUGUCGUUUCACACGUUAUGGGCUGACAAACAAAUGGACACAAAGAGCAAACGUGCCGUCGUGCCGGGACCAAUGAAGCCGAAUGGUCUCUCCAGCGAAGCGCCUGGAACCGGUUUCCGCUCAGGAAUGUUGGUUAUCUACUUUUUAGGCCUGUUUGGCUGUGCUGCUGCCCUCUUAUAUUUCGUCUGUCGCCCACUAGAAGUUUUAGACGCUUAAAGUUAAAAACCACCUUCGUCAAAUGUUCGGAAUUAAAACUCAAGUUUUUCUAAAUUUCUUAAUAUUUCCGAACUUUUUAUUAUAAAUAAUUUGUCGAUUCAUUAUAGAAUAAUAAUAGGUAAUUAUAUCUCGUAACGGAUUGACUGUUCCAAAGUUGGCUGAUUUUUUAUAGUGAAUGGUCCUUAAUUAAUAUGUAACAAUUACGUUUUAUUUUCAGUCUGUGAUUUUGCUUUAUGCGUAAUAAUUAAGGAUUAAUUUAGGAAUACAUAACUAAUCCUAAGUGCUAUUUGUAAAGUUUGGGGUAAAGAAUACGAGGGGUAUGUACUGUACUUACUGAAAUGGUACUUUUUAUAGAAUUAAGGUUAUCAACACAACGUUUGUUCGGUUUAUUUAUUCUGGAAAACACGGUUUUUCAUAUUAAUAUUGCAAUAAUAACACACAAAUUAUGGAUAAGAACACGCCAGAUUAGAAGAAUUGAAACGUAUUUACGCCAAUUGUUUGCCAUGCAAAGUUUACUUCAUAAUUUUAGAGAGCUUCUUAAUAAAUAUUUGUAUUUUACACUUUCGGAUUAAAAUUAAAUAUGUCACGUGAAAAAUGUGAAACUUUUCAAUUAAUGUAAUGAUUAAUUAGGGUAUGCAUGUACGGGUACGAGUUUUAAAUUUUUGGGGGCGUGGGUUCAAAUAUGUAGCCCUCUAUACAGACCGGUAUAAAGGGAUUUUUUUUAUAUUCCCUAUAAAAUAAAACUAAUCUUUAAAAAAUUC